CCCCCCCCCCCCCCCCCCCCCCAACCCCCCCAACCAUCCCCUCCACCACCCCCACCCCCCCACAAAUCUUCACCCCCCCCCCCCCCCCCCCCCCCUCCCCCCCCCCCCCCCCCCCCUCCCCCCCCCCCCCCCCCUCCCCACCCACACCCCCCCCCCCCCCCUCCCCUUCCCACAUUCCACACCCCCCCCCCUCCCCCCCCCCCCCCCCCCCCCCCACCAACACCCCCCCCCCCCCCCCCCCCACAACAAAACCCACCCCACCCCCCCCCCCCCCCCCCCCCCCACACACCCCACCACAACCCACCCCCCCCCCCCCCCCCACCCCCCCCCCCACCCCCCCCCCCACCACACCCCCCCCCCCCAACCCCCCCCACACCCCCCCCACCCCCCCCCCCACCCCCCCACAACCCACCCACGCACCCACCACCCCCCCCCCCACUCACCCCCCCCCCUCCUCCCAUCCACCCCCCCCCCCCAAAUCCCCCCCCCCCACCCCAACCCCUACCCACACCCCCCCCCCCCCCCCCCCCCCCCCCCCCCCCCCCCCCCCCCCCCCCCCCCCCCCCCCCCCCCCCCCCCCCCCCCCCCCCCCCCCCCCCCCCCCCCCCCCCCCCCCCCCCCCCCCCCCCCCCCCCCCCCCCCCCCCCCCCCCCCCCCCCCCCCCCCCCCCCCCCCCCACACCCCCCCCCCCCCCACCCCCCCCCCACACCCCCCCCCCCCCCACACUCCACUCACAAAACCCCCCCCAAACCCCCCCCCCCCACUCAACAACCUCCCCCCCCCCCCCCCCCCCCCUCUCCCCACCCCCCCUCUCCCCCCACCCCCCCCCCCCCCCUCAAAACCCACAAAACCAACCCCCCCCCCCCCCCCCCCCCCCCCCCCCCACCCCCACCCACUCCACACCCCCCCCCCCCCACACCCCCCCCCCCCCCCCCCCCCCCCCCCCCCCCCCCCCCCCCCCCCCCCCCCCCCCCCCCCCCCCCCCCCCCCCCCCCCCCCCCCCCCCCCCCCCCCCCCCCCCCCCCCCACCCCCCCCCCCCCCAUCCCACCCCCCCACCCCCCCCCCCUCACCCCCACACCCCCCCCAAACAACCCACAAACCCCCCCCCCCCCCCCCCCCAACCACCCCCCCCCCCCCCCCCACCCCCCCCCCCCCCCCCCCCCCCCCCCCCACCCCCCACCACACCCCCCCCCCCUCCCCCCUCCCCCCCCCCCCCCCCCCACCCCCCCCACCCCCCCCCAAAUCAUCCCUCCCCUCCCCCACCCCCCCCAAACCCACCCAACAACCCCCCCCCCCCCCCCCCCCCCCCCCCACCCCCCCCCCCCCCCCCCCCCCACCCUCCCCCCCCCCCCCCCCACCCCCCCCCCCACCAAAAACCACCCCCCCCCCAUCCCCCCCCCCCCUCACCCCCCCAACCACCAUCCCCACACCCCACCCCCCCCCCACCAACCAACAACCCCCCCCCACCAACCCACAAUCCACCACCCACCCACUCCCCCCCCACCCCCCCCCCCCCCCCUCCCUCCCCCCCUUUUCUCAACCUCUCCCCCCCCCCCCCCCCCCCCCCCUCCCUCCCCCCCCCAACCCCCCCGCGCCCCAACCACCCCCAACCCACCCCCCCCCCCCCUCCCCCCCCUCCCCAACCUCCCCCCCCCCCCCCCCCCCCCCCCCCCCCCCCCCCCCCCCCCCCCCCCCUGUACCUAUUGAGAUCAAUCUUAAAGAAUGAAGACUGA